UGGGGUGCUUGUCCUGCCAUGGCGUUCCGGAGGACUGAGGGCAUGUCCAUGAUCCAGGCCCUGGCCAUGACAGUGGCUGAGAUCCCUGUGUUCCUGUAUACAACGUUUGGGCAGACUGCAUUUUCCCAGCUUCGGUUGACGCCAGGCCUGCGCAAGGUCCUCUUUGCCACAGCCCUGGGGACCGUGGCCCUGGCCCUGGCUGCCCACCAGCUGAAGAGGCGACGGCGGAGGAAGAAGCAGGUUGGCCCUGAGAGGGGAGGUGAGCCACUGGGCGCAGUGCCCCUCUCUAUCCUCAUGGCCAGGAAGGUCCCGUCGGUGAAGAAAGGCUACUCCAGCCGGAGGGUCCAGAGCCCCAGCACCAAGAGCAAUGACACGUUGAGCGGCAUUUCCUCCAUUGAACCCAGCAAGCACUCGGGCUCCUCCCACAGCGUGGCCUCGAUGGCAGCUGUCAACUCAUCCAGCCCCACAGCUGCGUGCUCAGGACCGUGGGAUGCCAGAGGGAUAGAGGAGUCUUUGACCACCAGCGAUGGCAACGCCGAGAGUCUCUACAUGCAAGGCAUGGAACUGUUUGAGGAGGCUCUGCAGAAGUGGGAGCAGGCGCUGAGCGUGGGCCAGAGGGGGGACAGCACUCCCACACUGGGGGAUGGCCUCAGGAACCCGGAGACUGCUUCAGAGCCACUCUCUGAGCCAGACUCACAGCGAAGGGAGUUUGCAGAGAAGCUGGAGUCCCUGCUGCACCGGGCCUACCACCUGCAGGAGGAGUUUGGCGCCACCUUCCCCCCUGACAGUGUGCUGCUGGAUCUCGAGAGGACCCUCAUGCUGCCCCUGACUGAGGGCUCACUGCGGCUACGGGCGGACGAUGAGGAUAGCCUGACCUCAGAGGAUUCCUUCUUCUCUGCCACUGAGCUCUUUGAGUCCCUGCAGGUAGGAGAUUACCCAGCCCCACUCUCCAGACCCGCUGCCGCCUACGAGGAGGCCCUGCUACUGGUGAAGGAGGGGAAAGUGCCCUGCCGGACCCUCAGGACAGAACUGCUGGGCUGCUACAGUGACCAGGAUUUUCUGGCCAAGCUGCAUUGUGUGCGGCAGGCCUUUGAGGGGCUUCUGGAAGAUAAGAGUAACCAGCUUUUCUUUGGGAAGGUUGGCCGGCAGAUGGUGACAGGCCUGAUGACCAAGGCUGAGAAGAGCCCCAAGGGCUUCCUGGAGAGCUAUGAGGAGAUGCUGAGCUAUGCUCUGCAGCCUGAGACCUGGGUGACCACGCGGCUGGAGCUGGAGGGCCGUGGGGUGGUAUGCAUGAGCUUCUUCGACAUUGUGCUUGACUUCAUCCUCAUGGAUGCCUUUGAGGACCUGGAGAAUCCCCCAUCCUCGGUGCUUGCUGUUCUUAGGAACCGCUGGUUGUCAGACAGUUUCAAGGAGACGGCCCUGGCUACUGCUUGCUGGUCUGUCCUGAAAGCCAAGAGGAGGCUGCUGAUGGUGCCUGAUGGCUUUAUCUCCCAUUUCUACUCCGUAUCGGAGCAUGUGAGCCCUGUCCUGGCCUUCGGCUUCCUUGGACCCAAGCCCCAGCUCGCUGAAGUCUGUGCUUUCUUCAAGCACCAGAUCGUGCAAUACCUGCGGGACAUGUUUGACCUGGACAAUGUGCGCUACACGUCGGUGCCCGCACUGGCAGAUGACAUCCUGCAGCUGUCCCGGCGCCGCAGUGAGAUCCUGCUCGGCUACCUGGGGGCGCCGGCAGCCAGCAGCACUGGCCUGAACGGGGCGCUGCCCUGAGAGAAUGGGCCCCUGGGGGAGCUGCAGUAGAGAGGCACAGAGAAGACCACCUCCUCCCUUCCUUUGGGUUGGCAUCUGAGGGCCUCAGUGGUCAAGGGUAUCUGCCCCGACCUUGUCCCCAUCCCCAUCAUCUGGGAAGCCCCAAGGCCAGGGAGACAAAUUUCUGUGGAGAGGCAUGGAGCCCCUAUGGCCCGCCUGACUGCCCUCAGCAGUCCCUGGCAGAAGCAGAGGCCGAGCCAGUGGCCACCAGGGCCUGAAGGAGAGGAAGGCAGUGAGAGAGAGAAAGCUGUUGUGGAAAAUUGAGGCAGGCAGAGUCAGAAUGCCCUGGGAACAGGACUAAACACCUCCCAUCACCCCAGAGCUGCUGAUGAGGGGCCUGGGAGGGUGGAGGUGAAGGAAGGAGGCAGAGCUCUGUGUGGAAGGCCAUGGGGUCCUGAGCUAGAAGUUACUCACAGCUGCACAGUCUCAGAAUCCAGGUACCCAGCUGGCCAGUUUUGGUGGCCUCCCCAACCCGGCCACCUCCCUAAAGAGUUUGCAACUUCAGAGAGGCAGAGUCGGGGGUGCCUUGGUGGGUAGUAGGCCUGAGCUGUCCUGAGGUGGAACAGAGGUGGGUCUUCUCCUUGUACUCACAUCUGCCCAGGACUGGGCCCCUGACAAACUCAAGCACUAAACCAGGAUGCUGUCGUUUGACAUUCCCUUGCCCUGCCAGACUGUCAUUUUCUCUCCCACUUCUGCUACCACCAAAGAUGGGAGGAGGUGGGAUGGGCACUCCCGUCCCCCAUCACCUCCCUCUGAGCCUGAAACUCCCUGGGUGGUGCUAGGCUCUGAGCUGGGGGCCCAGACCAGGGGUCACUUGGGCCAGGGACCACCUUGAGGGAGGUCAGAGGGUGUGUGUGGCCAGACCAGCUCCCAGCCCUUAUUAGAACAAGAAACUUUACCCAGCACUUUGCCUUCAACGCACAAAUGCUCUUGGAGCUGCACAGGUGUGUGGAGCCUCUGUUGGUUCUGCUGACCAAGUCCUGUUAGCAUUUGUCCCAGCAGCCAUGUCCCCAUGCUGCAGAGUUCCUGUCAGUCCUGCAGACUCACUCCUCUUAGAGUGUUUUCACCCAAGCUGGGAAGUUUUAUUUAUUGCCUUAACACUUUAUUUUGAGGCUCUACCCCUUUCUAGGUUGAGACCUGCCGGAGAAAUAGACUCCCCAGCCUGGUGUGCCAUAUUUUGGAGUGAGAGGACAGGCUCCUCGCACCUCAGUUCCUGGGCCCUGAUGGGAAAGGCAUCCGGGGUGAGAGGGUGCACCAAGGGAAGGGAUGAGGGAUGGUACUGGGUGUGGCUCAUCAUCUCGGGGCUUGGUCCCCAGAACGCAGGAUCCACAGGCACCUCUAAGAUCAGCACCUGGAGGGAGCAGCCUCCUGAGCAGCAGGGACCCCGUGCCCUCCUCUCCUCCACCCUGACAUUCUGUUCAUUUGCACUUACCCUGCGCUGUGAAUGUAAUAUUGGGCCUGGGCCCGGCCCACUCUGAUUUGGUCCCUAAUUGCACAGGAGUGGCAUUUUUGUCUCGUCCUUGUUUACACGUCACACGCUGCCUGCAGCACUGGAUUUGUUGCAGCUUCCACCUUUUGUGUGAUAGAGUGUGUGCAUUGGCUGCGAGUCAAAUAAACGAUUGGAACA